AUGGACUAUGCCGGUCCAGUUGAUGGGAAAAUGCUUCUUGUUAUUGUUGAUGCGUUUAGCAAAUGGCCAGAUGUGUGGAUUACAUCGUCAGUUUCUGCUCAUGAAACUAUUGAAAAAGACAGACUUUCAUUUGCUACACAUGGAUUACCACUAGUUGUAGUCACUGACAACGCUGGUUGUUUUGCAGGAGACGAAUUUGCAACAUUUCUAAAGGCAAAUGGAGUGAAGCACUUGUUUUCACCACCGAGACAUCCGGCUUCUAAUGGCCAAGCUGAAUCAAUGGUGAAACAAGUUAAACUUGGAUUGAAGAAACAAGCACCAGCAUCUUUGUCAGUCAGACUUGUUCGGUGGUUAUUUAAAUACCGAACUACACCACAUACAACGACUGGGCAGACUCCGUCGGAAUUACUUUUUCGUCGUAAGAUUAGAACGCAUCUUGAUCUAAUCGCACCUUCAUCACGUUUGAAGAAGUCAGCAGAGAAUGUUCCAAGUGGAAUAAUAAGAACUUUUAACAUUGAUGACCCAGUUUUUAUUACAGAAGUCGUUGGAUCUCGUUUCAAAUGGUUACCUGCCACAGUAACUGAAGUUAUGGGUCAAAUGUGUCGUGUUCGUUUGAACGAUGGAAGAAUUUUUAGACGUCAUCCUGAUCAUAUUCGACAUCGAUUUUCUGCUGAUGAUGUAAUGGUACGUGAAGGGAAUCAAGAUUUUUAG